UUUCAAUUCGCUCUACCAUCCCAUUAUGCCCGUUGUCCUCCAUUGUGGUCGAAGCUGCAGCACCAACCUUUCUCGAGACGACAAUGGCCAGUUGAUCCUUCGACGUAUACACAAUUUCCAGACACCACUUUCAUAUUAAAGAAGAAUCGAUUCAUGGCACGCAAGUGGAAGCCUAGUAACCGCAGAGCCUUCGGAAUUGCAAACCCGCGCAAUGGCUUGCUGUGAGGCACUCUUGUCUCUCGCGGCGAGACCAUCCAGUAGAAGUUUUUGUCCUAAUACUUUUGCAGGCAGCAUCCAAGUCAAAGGUGUUCACGCGCUGAAUCUUCUCUGUGGUCUCCAGCACAGAUGGUCAUUUCGACUCUCAACUCAAACUCUCGUGGACCGAAAGCUGGCCGGACACUCCAGUUCCCUUCCGCCCUUUGCACCGAGCAGCUGUAGAACCCGCCAACGGUCUUGGGUACGCCGGGAAGUUGAAACCUGUUGAUUACUCAAAGCAUCUCGUCCUUUCCUUAGUACGGUAUAGCUCUACUUCCAAGGCGGUUGCGAGGCGAGCAGCUUUUGCUUAUCACAAUCUUGGAUGAACUUGUUGCAUUGCGAGCUGUUUGAGGCUAUGACACAUUUCCCAAAUGGUGGACCGGCCAAAUUCAUUUCUACCACUGUGUUUCCAUCACGGGAACAACAAGGCACACAUGUACUGUCGAACAGCACUAUGCCCUAGAUGACAAUCGUCCAGAAACAGCUUCGCUCUUCAACAAGAUGGGGACCGUUUCUCAAUUGACUAUUGCCUUCGUGAGACCGAGAGUCGUUCGAACUCGGAAGCUCACGUAGCUUUCAUGCCUUCUUGCCCCACACACAAUGUUUCGAAUUUCAGAAAGUGCCUUUCCAUCAGUUCAGUACACUAUUCCACCGCAAGGGGCAUCAGUAACAAACAUUGCCGACUUGCCAUUCGAGUUCCCGCUACCGGGAACUAGUAGUAUCUAUAUUGGGCACGGAAGGCCGGUAUACAAUGAAGAAUACUGCUCUUACCAUUCCGCUGUACAGCGAUCGCCACUUGUCUUCUACCUUACGGAGGAAACUUGGCAGCGAGUCUCUUACCGACAAUUCACUUUACACUGGAUGUCUACCCCUCCCGAUAAUCGGUGGUAGUUCCCGUACCGUAUGUCAACCGAUGUCUUCGCAAGCAGCAUCUUACUUGCUUUCAAAACCCGCCAAGUAAACUCAGGACAGCGCCUCAAACCUCACAGACAAGUUAUAAAACCCCUCCAUCCAUGUCUUCCUUCAUCACCGACCUGGGCGCUCCUUCUCUUUGCUAUGUGGACCUCUCUAGUAGCCCUUGCAUUCCUUCAACUUUCGUUGACCGUGCAGGGUUUGGAUGUCAUAUCUCGCGUCGGAGAACUUCACAUCGUUAACAGACCAAUUUCGCCAGAUGGAUUCCAGCGCAGGUAGAUGAUCAAGAGUUGAAGUUUACAUUGAGAUGCAUGUAAGGCUUACUGUUCGACUCAUAGCGCUGUUUUAGCGGGGUCUUCCGACGAUAAACCCACAUUCCCUGGCCCCAUCAUCAAAGGCUACAAGGGAGACACAUUCGAAAUCGACGUAUUUGACUCGUUGACGGACUCAUCAAUGGACACAAGCACGAGUAUCCACUGGCAUGGCAUACAUCAGCGCCAUACUAAUUGGGCUGACGGACCGACUUGGAUAACACAAUGUCCCAUCGUUCCGAAAGAAUCAUUCAAGUACAAAUUCACCGUCUCGGACCAAUCAGGUACCUAUUGGUACCACUCACACCAUCGCGCGCAAUACUGCGAUGGACUACGAGGAGCUCUCGUCAUCUACGACCGCCGGGAUCCCUUGGCUCAUCUCUAUGAUAUAGACGAUGAAUCCACUAUCAUCACGCUUGCUGAUUGGUACCACGAAACCAGCAAAUCACUCAUCGCACAACCAGGUCAGAAACUUGCAGACUCAACUUUGAUCAAUGGGCUGGGGCGCUGGGCAAACCAGACCACGACCCCGCUCGCUGUGGUCAAUGUUCAGAAGGGUAAACGUUACAGAAUGCGACUCAUUUCUUUCUCAUGCGACCCCAGUUAUACCUUUUCUAUUGACGGGCACAACAUGACGAUCAUCGAAGCCGAUGGACAACCCACCGAUCCUCUUACCGUCAACUCUUUGAAUAUCUUUCCUGCUCAACGUUACUCGUUUGUGCUGAACGCAAAUCAGCCCGUUGGGAAUUAUUGGAUUCGUGCUAAACCUAGUGCCGCCGCUAACGGAGCUACUGGUUUCGAAGGGGGUAUAAAUUCGGCCAUUCUACGUUACAAAGGCGCCCCUAAAGCUGAUCCUACCACGAACCCGCCAUCAGCUGCUGUUGCUCUGCGCGAAUCUGACCUGCAUCUUCCAACACGUUCUGUACCAGGAAAGCCGUUCCCUGGAGGUGCGGACCUCGUUCUCAAUAUGACAAUUGGUUUCAUCGCUCCGGACACUUUUACCGUCAACGAACAUCCCUUCCAAAGCCCCACUACACCUGUCCUCCUUCAGAUACUUAGUGGUGCACACGCAGCUCAAGACCUACUUCCAAAAGGAAGUGUCUACACCUUACCACGGAACAAGGUCAUAGAGAUCAAUUUUUCUUCCAGCCAUCCAGCCGGAACGCCACACCCUAUGCAUUUACACGGACACCACUUCGAUGUAAUUAAAACCAUGGACAACCCGACUUACAAUUUCAAGAAUCCGGUCCGACGUGACACAGUAACAGUCGGCCCGAACGAUCUGACAUCCAUCCGGUUCACGACUGACAACGCAGGCCCGUGGUUCCUCCACUGCCAUAUCGAAUUCCAUCUAGUUUCUGGCCUUGCUGUUGUCUUGGCGGAAGAUACUCGUAGUACACAGCUUGACAAUCCAAUCCCUCACGAUUGGGAUAAGCUCUGUCCUGCUUGGAAUAAGACGCCUGAUUCCAUCCGUGGUGACGCGUAAAUCAUUCCAACUUGUAUACCGUUGUUAAGCUAUUUAUUGUGGCCGGUAUUCUUAUUCUCGGAUGAUGGUCAUAUUGAACUUACCUGCAUUUCUUGUUACCAUCUUAACCCGCUAGGUAUUAUACUUCUGUCGUUAUAAUAAACGUAAAUAAUAAUCGGGUCCUCAAAAUGGGCCACAAUUGCCGUGA